CAUUUGGCAGACAACAACGAACAGGUGCGUCGAGGAAUGGCGGGUCACAACCCACUUUACAAACUUGGAUCCCUAUACAGGAACAUUGUUUGUGCAUUUGGGACUGUGUUUCGUCCACACCAACAUCUGUCUUUGGAUGAAGGGAUGGUACCGUGGCGAGGAAAUCUUUCUUUCCGUGUGUACAAUCCAGAUAAACCGAAGAAGUAUGGGAUCAAGGCCUAUAUGUUGUCCGAUGCAGUGACUGGGUACUGUUCACGCUUCAAACUUUAUACUGGGAAAUCUGACACACCUGCUAGUGCAAAUGGGGCCACAUACGACUUAGUUAUGGAUAUGAUGCGAGGAUACUUUGGACAAGGUUACAUUCUAUACAUGGACAAUUAUUAUAGUUCACCAAAGCUUUACACGGACUUGUUUGUGCUUGGGUGUGGAGCAACAGGAACAUUACGAGUAAACCGGAAAGGAAUUCCACAGCGGAUAAAGGACAAAAAGGUGGACAAAGGUGAUAUGUUCAGUAUGUGCAAUGAUGAACUUGUUCUUGUGAAGUACCAUGACCGUAAAGUUGUGUAUCUUUUGUCAACCAUCGAGGAAGCAGCCAAAGCCCCCAAUGGAAGAGUAGCACCGAGAACAGGAACACCCAUCGAGAAUCCUGCAAUCGUAAAUGCCUACAACAAAUAUAUGGGAGGUGUAGAUCGUUCCGAUCAGAUGGUGUCUUACGCAACUUUUAACGCCAGGACCCUAAAGUGGUGGAAGCGUGUGAUUUUCCAUGUGAUUUCACUAGCGACUUUGAAUGCUUACCUGUGCUACAAAUUUGUAACUCCAAGGAAACCUAUGCUUCACAGAGUUUUCCGAAAACAACUAGUCACUGAACUCUUACAAUCCGUAAGCAGAGCUUGUGUUCCAGGGAUGUGUACCAAACCUGUGGGGAGGCCAAGCACAGCAGCAGAGCCAAUAAUGAGAUUGCAGGGACAGCACUUCCCCAUAAAGAUCGUUGGGACGGGAAAAAAGAGGAACAUUUCUCGUGCGUGUGUUGUGUGCUCCGUGGCCGAGAGGCAGAGACUUGAAGCCAUUGGAGAGAAAAGGAAAAGGACAGGAAAGGAAUCUAGUUACCAAUGUGACAAGUGUCUAACUGCCUUGUGUGUUGAACCCUGUUUCAAACUUUUCCACACACAUAAGGACUACAUAGCUGCCUACAAAACCCGUGUGAUGAUCGACGAGUAA